ACAUGAAUCUAACCAACAAACGUUGUCGUCAAUUACAAGUAAAAGAGUAAUGGAGCCUUCUCCUUGCGCCAUCGAGUCCGGAAUUCACCUGGAAUUUCGUAAGUAAAAGAGUAAUGGAGAGUGACGACUAUAAAGAAAAAGUGAAUGACUGACGGAGCGACUAACGAGAUAAUUACGUUUCUGUGUAAAGUUAAUUGAUAAAAAAGUUCUAUGUAUAAUACAUAGAUUUGACGUUGUUAAAUUAAGAAUUACGCAUUAAAUUAAGUCCAUCAAGAAGCGCUUCUAAAGACAACGGUUCUGUGCAAUCAUGACCGACCCGUCGCCAAUAAACGCAGGGCAGUCGUAUUAUUGGAAUAAUGAUGCAGCUCCGCAAAACAUGGAAUAUUAUCCAAUGCCCCCAGAGCCAAGUUUUCCACCACCUAAUUAUAAUCAACCUCCGAGUUACGCUCCUUCCUGUCCUUAUGAUGUGCCGCCUCCUCACAUAUCGGACGCCAAGCCAGCGGAUUCAGUAUACCAUUUUGCAUCUUCAACAUACCAGGAUAGCCCAGCUAGUUCGCACAGUGACACGUCUUAUCAGAAUGAACGAUACUUCUUACCAAAGCCAAAUAUAUUUCCACAAGGCAAUCAGUAUUAUGAUGGAAUGGAUUUCACGCAGUCUGCAAGUAAACCCUAUAACGCGAAUUGGAAUAGAAAUUCGAGAGAGGAAUACCAUAAUAAUGUCAACGAGUGGCAGACUAAUAACGCUUCUACAAGUUGGACAUCGUAUCAAACUACAUCCAAUUCAUGGUAUGAUGCAAACGCAACAUAUAGCAAUGAGAGACCGUAUUCACCAAUGCAAAGGUAUGAAUCUUCGCAAAAACCAAAGGAGACCGAGUGGAAGUGUAAUAAUCGGGAAAGCCUAGCUGAUCAUACAGAGAUCGUACAGAGGGUUAGUAGACAGAGAUCUAGAAGCCCAAGUAGAUCAGGAGAAUCGUAUAAGUCACGAUAUGACGAUCACAGAGAUAGGUAUCGUCAGCACAGUAGGGAAAGGUCUAGUCUGAAAGAGUAUAUGCACAACAGUGGGCAUCAUGACAGGAGGUCUUUGAACAAGAAACAUGGAAGUUAUACGUCACGUUCACAAGAAUCGUACGUAAGUAAUAGGAGAAAGAGAUCAAGAUCACAGGAUUCUCGUUUGACCAGGGACACGACAACGCCACCCAGCAGUACUAAGCGAAAGAGUCCUACGGAGAGAGAACUGCUUUUAGAGAAAUACAGACGUAAUUAUUGCGCAACAAGUAAGGAUAUAGAACGGAAGCUAAGCGAGUUAUCAGCAAUGGGCUCUGAAGGUAUACUUGAAAACGAGAAAAAGAUAUGGACACGCACGGCACCGGCGGAUUUGUAUUAUACCAGGGACGAGAGUAAUUCAAAAAUAAUGAGAAGUACUUCUAAGCUAAUAGAAUUAUGCGUAACUUUUAAGAAAUUGUUAAUUGACAGAGCAGCUGCUGCAAGAGCAUUGCAGCCACCUUAUGAACCACCUCCAAGGAAAACCAGGGCUCGCCUUUGCCGCCAUAAAUCUGAAGCUUGCAGUAGCUCUUCAUCUGAUGACAGCGAUAGUUCUAUGGAUGAGGAUGAUAGGACAAUGGAAGAACUGAUGGCAAAGAAACAGCAUCCACAGAGAUUGCAUCCUGAAAUGUGGUUUAAUGAUCCUGGAGAGAUGAAUGAUGGUCCAUUAUGCAGAUGUAGCGCAAAGUCACGGCGCUCGGGCAUAAGACACGGAAUUUAUGCCGGAGAGGGUGCAAUAAACAAAUGUGAUUUAGAUUCGAAUAACGCGGAUAAAUUAUAUCACUACAGAAUAACGAUCAGCCCGCCGACUAAUUUCUUGACUAAGACACCGACGAUUAUCAAACACGACGAGCAUGAAUUUAUAUUUGAAGGCUUCUCGAUGCUCUCCCAUUUCCCACUAGUUAAAUUACCCACAUGUAAAGUUAUACGAUUUAACAUAGAGUACACGAUUCUUUACAUAGAGGAAAAAUUGCCGGAAAAUUUCACGAUACAGGAGCUUGAUCUUUUCCAGACGUACUUGUUCAAAGAGAUUUUGGAACUCGUAGACUUUGACUUGCACGCGGCACAAAACAAAUCCGGCUGUGGGCAAUUCCAUUUUAUGCCGAGAUUCGUACGCGAUUUGGCCGACAAUGGUCAAGAGAUUUUAUCGAUGAACGAGGUCUUGAAUUAUCUGAUAAAGAGCAGCGCCCUUCUAAUAGAUCCAGAGGACUUGCCGAGAUUAGUGGAGAUGCCACAGUAUAAGUGGCAAGAUUUCGCGGAUGAAGUAAAGGGAAUGGUCGUUACUUAUCCUGGGAAAAAACCGUGCAGCGUUCGCGUUGACCAGCUGGACAGAAAUCAAGUGGAUCAAUCGCCUGGCAUCGCUUAUCCCGAAAUAGUACACUUCGGUAUCCGUCCACCGCAACUCAGCUACGCGGGCAAUGCAGAUUAUCAAAAGGCAUGGAGAGAUUACGUAAAGUUUCGACAUCUACUCGCGAACAUGUCAAAACCAUCCUUUGAAGACAAAAGAAAAUUGGAGGCGAAGGAAAACAAAUUACAGGAGUUACGAACGCAGAGCAAAAUGAAGCGCAAUGUCACGGUGGACGUUAGGUCCAAGGGAUUUUACAGAACCGGCAUUAUGUGCGACAUCGUGCAGCACGCGAUGCUGAUACCGGUACUCGUGUGCCACCUGAGAUUCCACAAGUCCUUGGACAACUUGGAGCGCACGUUGAAGUACGAAUUCAAGAACCGGUAUCUGCUCCAGCUGGCUCUCACGCAUCCCAGUUACCGCGAGAACUUCGGCACCAAUCCGGAUCACGCACGGAACUCGCUGACAAAUUGCGGUAUAAGGCAGCCCGAGUACGGUGACCGCAGGAUUCACUACAUGAACACGCGGAAACGCGGUAUCAACACGCUCAUAAACAUAAUGUCCAGAUUCGGCGCGAAAACGGAAACCGAAUCGUCGAUAGCGCACAAUGAGCGACUGGAAUUCCUGGGUGACGCGGUCGUCGAGUUUCUCACGUCCAUUCACCUGUUCCACAUGUUUCCGGAGUUGGAGGAGGGUGGUCUGGCCACGUACAGGGCAGCGAUCGUGCAGAAUCAGCACCUGGCUGUGUUGGCGAAGAAAUUGAAUCUGGACGAGUACAUGCUCUAUGCUCACGGCAGUGAUCUCUGCCACGAUUUGGAACUGAGGCACGCGAUGGCGAACUGCUUCGAGGCACUAAUGGGCUCGCUGUUCCUCGACGGUGGAAUAGAAGUUGCCGACAGGGUAUUCGGCGAGACGCUCUUCAAAAGCGAGGACGAUCUUGGCAAAGUCUGGGUUAAUUAUCCGAGGCAUCCCUUGCAGGAGCAGGAACCGACGGGAGAUAGACAGUGGAUCUCCAGCUUCGAGUUGCUAGAGAAAUUGACCAAAUUUGAAGAAUCGAUCGGAAUACAAUUCACUCAUAUUCGCCUGCUCGCUAGAGCAUUCACGGAUCGUAGUAUAGGAUACACGAAUCUGACAUUGGGAUCUAAUCAACGGCUAGAGUUCUUAGGAGACACCGUAUUGCAGCUUAUUGUUUCCGAGUAUCUCUACAAGUUUUUCCCGGAACACCAUGAGGGACAUUUAUCAUUGUUGCGGAGCUCCCUUGUAAAUAACAAAACCCAGGCAGUCGUUUGUGACGAUUUGGGUAUGACUCAGUACGCACUUUACGGGAAUCCGAAAGCCGAAUUGAAAACGAAGGAUAGGGCAGACUUACUGGAGGCUUUCCUUGGCGCGCUUUACGUCGAUAAGGGUUUAAAGUAUUGCCACGUCUUCUGUGACGUGUGCUUUUUCCCUCGUUUGCAAGAUUUCAUCAUGAAUCAGGAUUGGAAUGAUCCAAAGAGCAAACUGCAACAAUGUUGCUUAACUUUGAGAACUAUGGAUGGCGGAGAACCGGACAUUCCUGUAUACAAAGUCAUUGAAUGUAAAGGACCGACUAACACAAGAGUAUAUACGGUCGCCGUAUAUUUCCAAGGAAAACGACUAGCUAAGGCAUCAGGACAUAGUAUCCAAGAGGCGGAGAUGAAUUCUGCCAAGGAAGCUUUAGAGAAAUCUCAUGACUUAUUCCCACAACUGGAUCAUCAAAAACGUGUGAUAGCAAAAAGUAUGAAAAUGCAGCAAUGGCCGAUCAAGCAGAAAUCAAAAGGAAAAUUUACAAAGUCCAACGAUAGAUCUGAUGAUUCUGAUUCCAGCUAAAAUUGCCGAUGAGGUCGUAGUAGAGAGCGUAAUGCUUAGAAAAAAAGAGAAAUCGAAUUAUUUCUCAUUGUUUCACAUUGCUCACUACGUUCUUCUUGGUAGUAAUAGUCAAUAUCAGUGUUCAGUUUCAGGUAAAAAUGUACAAUAAAAUAUGCAAUUUGAAUUGCAUGAUUUUAUUUAGUAUCAUCUCGUUCUGUUAAUAUCGGACUAUCUUGUUUUAAUAAAUAUCUAUUUUCGUGAAGAA